UUUUCCACUACAACAAAUUAAAGGUGGACACCAAACAAGCUUUACUGUCACGCCAAUGGCCACUAUCGAUGGUGGUUAUGCUUUAAUCUAUGCUAAUUCUACCAAUAUAACUGGCAACAAUUCAUUCUUCAUACGUGGCUCGGUGUACGCUAAUUUCAUAACAUAUAAUAAUACACUUCAAGAUAGAACGAUUCUUCUCUAUACAUUUACCAAUAAUGUAACUUUUAAUGGAAUUUAUUGCGACAUAGUAUCUGUUGGUGUUGGUCAAGUUUGCACACUCUCUGUAAAUAACACCAUGACAAAUAACGUCACAACACAAUAUAUUAAAAUUUACUUCUUAACGUCUGGAUCAGUGUUAAGAGUAAAUGUAAUAUCCGACCUCCCUAAUGUCACUUCUAUAGCUUCAAUAAAUUGGGUGGUGAACUCGAUGUCAUUCGGUGGCUACAUAUUACAUAAUUUUGAUCUCAAUGGUACUACAUAUAUCUAUGCUUAUGACGAAUUUAACUUUCAAGCGCCUUUGGUAUCAACAUUAUCGUCAAACCAAACUGUUCCUAUAAAUAAUUUUUCUACUACACGUUAUACAUUUGGCGCAAAUCUUAUCACGAACAAUAAUACUUUUCUACUCCCAACAUUGAACACAAAUGUAGACCAAACUUCUUGGUCUUUUAUUAAUAUUCCACUGCCUAAAAUUUUAGAAUAUCAAGAUCACGGUUUCGGUAAUCUUCUGAUAAACCAAGUUAACCCACCUAUUAACAGUACUAUCGAUUCAUCUAUUACUACAAGCUUAAAUAUAGUUUUCUUUGAUCCUGUUGUUUUGACUAGCGAUCAGAUACAUGGACAUUUAACCAUUUACAAAACUUCUGAUAACAGCAUUCGACAAAAAGUUUCACCGUUAGACACAGAUUUUUGUAGUACCGAUCCAGAUGGGAAAACUAUUACUAUAAGACUUAUUAGUAGUACAUUUAAUGAGUAUAAUGAGAGUUAUUAUGUACAAAUGGAUAACAAUUUUGUUAAGAAUAGUAUUUAUAAAGAGCCUCUAAAAGGGAUUGGUAAUGGGAUUUGGAAUCUCUCUUCAGAUAAUAUGAACAAUUUACUCAAUUCUUCAGGUAGUACCAUCAUUGGUACAGUCGGCUUAACAUAUGAUGCCAUCCCAAAAUUCACAUCAUUCUCCAGAUCAGAUCGCUCCAAUUAUUUUAGAAAUUUGUUAAAUGAUAUUGCUGAUAAAUUGCCAAUUCGACGUGAACGUUUAGCCACUGAUAAAAAAUUUCAAUAUAAUAAUUACGGACAAAUUAUUUUUUCUAUUGAAAUAAACUUACCAUCACCUGACUUAAAUGAAAACACUGUUGAUAGUGUAGCAGCGGAUCUAAGCACUAUGCUUCUAAAUAAUAAAGUCACAGCAUUUCGUACUGGUAUUACAGGUGAUUUGGAUGGAACUUAUGGCUUUGUUAUAUUGAUUGCCAUCAAUUUCUUUUUUACGACUUAUUUUGUUUUCAUCCAUACUAAAGAAAAACCGUAUCUUUAUUUGCCAAGACCAACAAAAGAACAGGAAGAGAAAAUGAUCGAGAAAAUUGCCGGUGAUGCAAAGGAAAAAAUUAUCAAUGAAACAGAAGAAUAUGUUAAUAAUUUUUUUGAUGGCGCAGUGAAAGAAAUAUUGAAUAAAAAAAAUAAAGAAAUUGAGGAAAUUGAUGAAGCUGCCGAAAAGUUUGUUGAUACGAAGAAAAUUGACUACAAACAUUAUAAAAUGAUCGAGAAAAUUCGUGAUGAAAUAAAGAAGAAACUUAUCGAUAAAACAGAUAAAAUAAUCAAGGAAGUUAGUGAUAAAAUAAAGGAUGAAAUUAUCAACAAUGCAAAGAAAUUUGAUGGUAUUGUAGAGAAGCAAAUUAUCGAUAAAACAGACUUAAUGAUUGAGGAAUUCAGUCACAUUCACUUAAAUGAGGAAACGCUCGAGAAAUUUGGUGAUGACGCUAAGAAAAUUAUCGAUAAAUUUGAUCCAAAAGAUAUAAUAAAGAAAAUUAAAGAUGAAAGAAAUAAAAUUCUCAAAGAAGCAAAUCAAGGAAAAGUAAAGAAAAUUAUCAAUAAAAUAGUUAGACGGAUCAAAGACGUUAUUGGUGAAAUUUUUUCUUACUUUAAAAACGAUGAUUAU